UUACCAACAACAAAGAGGAAAUAUAAGGAAUCAGAAAACGCUCAACUGGCAGUCUUGGACACGAAAAAUAAUGCAAUUCUAGGAUACAGAAAACGGGAGACGUUGCAUUUGAGACAUGGAAGCCUUUAAACUUAUGAGGGAGCUGAAGGCAAAUUUCGAACAAGAGUCGAUCUAUCUACCGAGGGAGAAGGGACUGAACCUACUGGAGUCUACCCUGGAGAAUGACAAACAAAUCUCAGCAAAAUGCAGGGAUGCCAAAGUUGAAGAUCUUUGGAGCCUGACCAGUUUUUUCGGUUAUAGUACACAGACCUUUGUGCAGGCAGUCAACCUACUGGAUAGGUUCCUGGCCAUGAUGAAGAUCCAACCCAAGCACUUGUCCUGCAUCGCCAUCAGCUGUCUCCACAUAGCAGCUAAACUGGUUGAGGAGGAGUGCAACAUCUCAUCCCCCCCUGACCUGAUUCGCAUCAGCCAGUGCAAGUUCAGCAGCACAGACCUCGCCCGAAUGGAGAAGAUCAUUUCAGAAAAACUGAACUUUCAGUGCAAAGCUGUCACUGCCUUCACAUUUUUGCACCUAUACCACGAAAUAACCCUCUUGCAUACUUCAGAAAGGAAAAGCAGUAUGAGUCUCGACAAACUGGAAGCCCAGCUAAAAGCCUGCCUUUGUCGAAUCGUUUUCUCAAAAGCCAAACCGUCAGUGCUGGCACUGUCCCUUCUGGCCCAGGAGAUCGAAGCCAUCCAGUCUGUAGAUAUGCUAGAAAUCGCCCAGUGUAUUCAAAGGCAUCUAAAGAUCGCUGACGGGGAGCUCCUGUACUGGAGGGAGUUAGUGGCCAAGUGCAUGACGGAUUACUCUUCGCCCGAAUGCAGUAAGCCAGACAACAAGAAACUGGUGUGGAUCCUGUCCAGUCGAACGGCACAGAAUCUACACCGCAGCUACUACAGCGUCCCAGAACUGCCAACCAUUCCCGAGGGGGGCUGGGAUGAAAGUGCCAGUGAGGAUUCCUGUGAGGAUAUGAGCUGUGGAGAGGACAGCCUGAGCAGUGACAUGGAGGGGCCCAGUUCCCCACCCCACUUUCCCCAGCGUCCCUCUGCACUACACAGCUACAGAGACCCCGCAUACCUGGGUGCUACCUGUCCUUUCUAGCUUUCAAAUCAUUUCAAUUGGGGGCUCUGUUGUUCUUGUGGCACCUAAUCCUCUCAACGCACAACAAAUCGAUUAUACUGUACAUCUUUUUUGCGGUUGCGUUAGAAGUUAAAACGUGGACAGAAUUGCGUUCUUCAGGCAGCUUGGUGAUAUUGAACGUCUGUAGCUGUGGGGUGCAGUAGUGUGUGCGUGUUUGGAUUCGCCACAUUCCAGGUGACUUAACAGCACAAAGCUGAGGUGCAAUAAACCUAUAAACAAGGACUGUUCAAUACUAGGGAGUACUUUCCUAGUUUGUGUACUUUGCACUGUUUUGUAUAUUGCGCAUGAUUUAUUUAUGGUGAAUGCUGUUAGCGAGGUUGGCCAAGUCGUGUCACCCUUCCAAUUUUUUUAUUUUUUUUUCCCGGUUAAGUUUAAUAUUCAUAAGUUUGCAUGGUGUAGAAAUAUUGUGUUUGUGUAAACCUAAAGGUGCCAACUGAAGCAUGAUUUAUUACUGUGUGAUAGUCGUCGUUUUGAUUAUAUGGGAAAAUAAUGCUGACUGAAUGUCGCAAUGUAAAAUAUGUUCAUAGUGGAAAUGUUCCAAUGUAACUUUGUAAAAAGGCAAAAAAAACAAACAAACUUUGUUAUUAAUAUGCUGUAGACUAACUUAUUUUUAAAACUAUUUUCUUGGUUGGCAAAAGGAAACCUGCAAAUAAAAAAAAAGAAAUACCUUUUCCAGUCA